AUGUAUAAAUCCAAUACACCAGACUCUGUUAUCGAUAAGCACGUAACAGACUUUGAGGCUCAAGCGACCAAGAAUAAACUGUACAAGGGUAUCAUGGUAACCGUGCCAGAGAAUACUUUCAAUACAUUCUCUACUCAGAAUGAUGAGCACAUUGACACUGUAGAGGUUGAUGGAGUGGUUAAGACACAAUAA